AUGACGCAGCCAAAUCGCGUCCGCGCGCAAAAAAAGUUAUCAACGAUUGAGGGGGGAAAAGAUUUAGAUUCGAGUACGGAAUCACAACCAGAACCACAACUACAAUCGCGUUCACAAUUACAAUUACCAACCCCCCCAUCCUCCUCCACCCCCACACCCUCACGCUCACCAUCUCCCUCCACCCAAACCCGAACUCCCACCCCAACCCGCAAACAAAAACGGCGCGCCCUCCUCGCCGGAUCUCUCGCCCUCUCACUCCACACCUCCAGUUUCCCAAUUCCCGCCCCCGAAAGCGAUGGUCCCAGCCUGACAACCAACCCUAUCUCACCACACCAUCUAAACCUCCCAACUCCCAACCUCCCACCCACAAUGUCCGCCCCCACCCGUCUCCUCAUCUGUUCCAUUGGCAACCCCGCCCCCUACACCAACACUCUCCACUCCGCCGGACACACCAUCCUCACUCUCCUCGCCCCCUCGCUCUCCAAUCCCCCCUUUCAAAAAUCUCGCUCCUAUGGAAACGGUCUUCUUUCCCCCGGAUUUACCUACACGUUGUGGAAAUCCAGCUCCUUGAUGAACGUUUCCGGGGUGGGUGUUACAUCCGCCUGGACGAGCUUCCAGCGGGAAUCUUCUUCUGCGGAGUGCAAACUUGUUGUGAUCCACGAUGAGCUGGAAUUACCAGCCGGAAGAAUAAAUGUGAAGCCGGGGAGUAAUAGUCCGAAGGGUCAUAAUGGGUUGAAGAGUAUUCGGGAUACGUUGCGGGGACAGCCUUAUACGCGGAUUGGGAUAGGCAUCGGGAGACCAGAGAGUAGGGAUGCGGGAGUUGUGGCAAAUUAUGUGUUGAGGAAGAUGAGUGCUGAGGAGAAGAGGAAAAUUGAGGGAUGUGUGGGAAAGGUCCUUGAGGAGCUGGCGAGGUUGAGUGGAGAGUAG